AUGGUGGUCUCUGGCCAGGAUAUAGGUCCUAGUGGUCAGCUGCCACCUGCAGUGAUGUCAGCCGGGGCAACUGGGGAGCAGCAAGAGACGUUUCCCGCCCCUCCGCGAGCCCUGAUUGGUUCAAAUCCACCGGCUAUGAACACGCCCACAAACCCUGCGGAUCCGGAAGCGCGUCAGACGGGGAAGAGGCGGCCUUUCCGAGGAGGAGGAGGAGGAGGAGGAGGAGGAGGGCAAGGCGGGAUGGCGCUGCAGCUGCUGGCCCGGCUGUCCUUCUUGCCCUCGGGCCCAGCCGCCGGUGGGCAGUUAUGGGCCGUUUCCCCCCUGACUGCAAUGGCAGUGAGGUUUGCAUCCAAAAAGAGUGGAAGCAGCUCCAAAAACCGUGGUGGGAAAAGUCCUGGGAAACGCUAUGGCUUCAAAAAAAUGGAUGGACAGUUUGUUCAUGCGGGCAACAUACUAGCAACACAGCGAGUGAUUCGUUGGCACCCAGGGGCUCAUGUGGGGAUGGGCCGCAACAAGUGGCUGUAUGCACUUGAAGAUGGGAUUGUGCGAUACACCAAGGAAGUUUAUGUGCCACGCCCCCGUCACGAGGAAAGCAAAGACGUCAUCUGCCAGUUGCCCAGAGGAGCAGUGCUUUAUAAAACGUUCAUCAAUGUAGUCCCCACGGUUGAGGUGGGGAGCUUUAAGUUGGUCAACAUGCUGUAAGACUGCCUAGAAGAUACCAGCCAAGAACUUGCUUAGGGGGAUCUGACCCCCAGCAACCAUCAGUUCUGUCCAUCCGAGUGACUUGGUUCAGUUACUUACUGUUCCCUGAGCCAUAGCUGAGGAAGACUGGGCAUCUUUACCAUACUGUCAAGAGCAAUUUCUGUAUUGUAAAGGAUGUAUAUUUAUAUAUCUGACUAACUCAAUGAAAUAAAUGCUGUUUUCUAAAAUACAA